GAAAUGGCGCUAUGGAUGGAAAAUGGUUCAGAGCCACUCACCGAAGCCGAGAAGGCAGACCUUGAAGCCAUUGCUGCCAUUAAAGAAUCUGCAGCCAUUGAACUCAAGGAAAAGGGUAACGAGUAUGUGAAGAAGGGUAAGAAGCAUUACUCUGAAGCAAUUGAUUGCUACACAAGGGCAAUUAAUCAGAAAGCAUUGAAUGAUUCUGAGAGCUCUGUUCUUUUUGCGAACAGGGCGCAUGUCAAUUUGCUUCUUGGGAACCACCGGCGUGCCCUCUCUGAUGCUCAACAAGCACUCAACUUGUCCCCCUCCAACAUAAAGGCAAUUUAUAGAGCUGUCAAAGCAUCUCUAUCACUGAAUUUAUUGGCUGAAGCACAAGAGUAUUGCCGAAAGGGUCUUAAGUUGGACCCCAAUAAUGAGGAACUUAAGAGGCUUGACCAACAGAUUCUUACGAAGAUAUCUGAGAAGGAGAAGCUUGAGGCUGAAGUCUCUAGAGCCAUAUCGGAGGCAGAAGAACUUGUGUCUGCAAUAGAAAAUAGAGGAUUGAAGAUUGGAAAGGCAAUGUAUCGAGAACUCACCGGGUUAAAGAAACCGGUGUUAGACAAAAAUAAUAUCCUUCAUUGGCCUGUCCUUCUUCUGUAUGCAGAGGUUAUGUCCAGUGAUUUCAUUGAGGAUUUCUGUGAGACUGACAUGCUUUCAGUUCACCUUGAUAUCAUGUUUUCAGCAGACCAACCACUCCCAUGGGAUGUUGAAAACAAUUACAAACGUGAUUUUGUUGAAUUAUACUAUGAGGCUGGCUCUGGAGUUCGUCUAUCAAAGGAGAAACUUCUUCAUUGUUUAUUAGAGGGAACUGCAGCUUCUCAUGUUGAUGAUGAAGAGAAAGAUGCAGUUGAGGAUUUUAAACACACUGCAGGUUCCCCAAAAUGGAUCAAAGUAAAUGAGAAGAAAACCCUCCAAGAUAUCCUCAAAGAGCCUAAUUUCGUAAUCCCCGAAAUCCCAGUCUUCUAUGUUGUUUCCAAGCAAUCCAGCUUUUAUAGCAAGUUCAAAUCUGGAAAAUGGGCUCCUCCAAGCAUAUGAAAGCACAGCAAUAAAGGAAGGGCUUCAAGGCUAUUGCCGCCAGUUAAGAGCUACAUCGAGAAGAAAGAUAGGACGGCGCCAACCGAUCGGCUAGUCAGAAAGUUAAUUAUUGUUCUUUUUGUAUAGAAGAGUUUAAGAACGGGGAGUUGAUUCAACCUUUUGGUGUUUGUGUUCAUGAGUUCCAUUCAACUUGUAUAAACUUUUGGUUGCAACGUGGAAAAACUAGUUGUCCAAUUUGUCGUUCAGAUUUAGAAUUUUAGAUACAUUUGUUCAUUGAUCAAAAGUAGUUUAGUUAUGUACUAAUUAGUUCUAGCCUUUGGUGAUAA